AUGCAUAUCCUACAUCUCCUUGUUCCUCUCCUAGCAGCUGCACCUAUUACCCAAGGUGCAGCUAUACGUCGCAAACUGCAGCCGACUAACUUACCACCUGCGUUUAAAGAACUUGAGUCGUUAGGGCCACUAUCACACUGCGACAUCUCAACCAGACAACUUCCAAAGAGAGGCCACGCUCCAGAAUUACCGGACCCUGAAGCAAACCUUCGACUUAAAUAUAUCACAUUCGGCGUUGGCACCCAAAACUACACCUGUGCUGGCGGCGUUACCAAGCCCAUCCCUAUCGGUGCCGUGGCGACCCUUUACGAUGGCUCUUGCCUAAACAAUAUAAGUUCUCGAGCUAUGAGCAUUCUCAAUUAUAUCACAUUGCAUACUUCAGUAUCAUCGGCAGCUUGGGUGCUGGAAAGCUUUUUAAAGAUGCCCAAGCUCGGCCAGCAUUACUUUAACGGAGGGAGGCCUUUUUUUGACUUGACAACUCGUGGCGGCUUAGACAGAGCCUACGUAUCUGUGGUAGCAAGCGUUCCCGCUCCCAGUGGCCUCGAUGUUCCCUGGCUAAGAUUAAACAAGGUGGAGGGAUCUGGUAUAGAGGUAUGGCUUUCUCUUCGCCCUAUACAUAAAGUUGGUGUCUAUUUACUCCACACUAAAACUUGA